GCAGUCUAGUCACGGAUAUAGCAUCAUGCUUUUCUUGGUGAACUCAUGUUCUUGAUCAGGCAAAAGAAGAAGAGGAUCGGAAAUCUCCUCGAUCUCUCGACCUCGAGGUCUAUCUUCUUCCACCGCCUCCUCCGAUCCCUCCUUCUUCUUCGCCCUCUCUUCCCCUUUCGUUGCCGUCGAGCUUCGCGCUCUCGGUUGGAGGAGUCCGGCUCGAAAAGAUGGGGGAUCGAUGGGUGGCUGUAGAAGACGCCGAGCCCGCGCCAAUCUCCGAAUCUUUCACUUGCUGCGUUUGCCUGUUUCACUAUGCUUUCCUUGCCUCUUCUUUAACUGCGAAGAGGGUCUUCAUCUGAUAAUGUCUAGUAUUGCUUAAAUUUCCCAGCUUUCCGGUUCUGUGUUGUUCAAGCUUCCGGUAGGUGAUUGUAUCUUUAAAUUGCAGAUGUUCCUUUUUGGAAUCGUGAAUUGCGGAGGUUGGGGACUCAUCCUAGGACGAGAUGUCUGAGAAUUGUUGGGGGAUUUGACUUUUCAUGGAUUGAUUUCAAUCCUUUCCUGCUGAAAGAAGGGGACAGAAGUUGGGGGUUUUGAUAGGAGGACAUGACAACUAAAGUUUGGAGAUGGAUUUUGGGGUUGAUAUGCAUAGUUGCUGUCGCCACCAUUGGGGUUGCCGCUGGUUAUGUGGUUCAAUCCGUGGUUGAUUCGGGAGUUUCGCCUUUCGUUAUCACGUACAUAUGCAAUUCGCUGUUCAUCAUUUACAUUCCCAUAUUUGAAAUCGGGCGUUAUGCAGAGGAUAAAUGUGGAAGUUUAUGGUUCUGGCGGAAUAGGAAGAGUGAUGAUUUGAAAGUAUCGGUGGAGUCGGAGAAGGCAAUUUUACUUGCAGAAGGUGAUUUGAGUGUGAAAGCUGAUGAUCCAUAUCCAUCCACGUCUGCGGAGGAAGGUGAAAUAAGUCAUCACGCGAAAGUUAGUUAUUUAGGAUCUGAAUAUGAGAGUGAAAGAGAUUUGCAUGAUCAAGGUCUAAUGGGUGAAGAUGCUGACAAGGGAGUGGACGCAAAGGGACGUUGGACAAGGAUGAGAGUUGCGAAAGUUAGCCUUCUCAUUUGCCCAUUUUGGUUCUUUGCACAACUCACUUUCAACCUGUCCCUAAAGUACACUACUGUCACGUCGAACGCUAUCUUGGGCAGUGCGUCAAGUCUGUUCACCUAUUUGAUCUCUCUUGCAUUCUUGGGAGAGAAAUUUGCCUGGGUAAAGCUGAUCAGCGUUCUUCUUUGCAUGGGAGGAACAAUCAUUGUUAGUGUGGGUGACUCGGGGUCAGAUUCUUCUCCGAGAGCAACUGCGACCAACCCUCUUCUUGGAGAUAUCCUUGCUCUUGUCUCAACUGCCUUGGGUGCUGUAUACGUCACCUUGAUUAGGAAGAAACUACGUGAUGAUGAUGAUGAUGAUGAUGAUGAAAAGCAAGGUCAAGCCAGCAUGGUGCAGUUCCUUGGAUACUUGGGGCUGUUUAACCUCUUGAUAUUCCUUCCCGUCGCCCUUGUGCUUAAUUUUGCUAAGCUGGAACCAUUUACUUACCUUACCUGGGAGCAGGUUGGUCUAAUUGUUGGUAAAGGUUUGUUAGAUAAUGUGCUGAGCGAUUGCUUGUGGGCCAAGGCCGUUCUUCUGACUAGCACCACCGUCGCAGCAGCUGGUCUUACCAUACGAGUUCCAUUGGCAGCUGUUGUGGAUUCACUGACUGGCAAUGCACCUCAUCUCAUGGAUUACCUCGGCGCUGUUGCGGUCAUGAUGGGAUUUGCAGGCAUCAAUAUACAUUCCGAUGCUUUCAGCAGAUCAAAAGAAGCCAGUGUUGAUCUCGAAAAUGAAGACAUCGGUAACCAAGACCAUGCUGCUUUUGCAUGCUGAGAAAUCUGAUGCAGUUUCCUAGCACGAGGUUCCUGAGCUUACAAUGCAAUUCUUCAUGUAACGAUAUACAACCCCACUGUUCAAAGGAAAAGUUCUUAAAGGAGCAUUAACUUCUCGUUCCCGGUGUAUGACUCCAUCCGUAAGCUACUCCAUGCGACUCUCUCCAUUGUUGUGGUUAUAAGUCAGGCGCACAUGGAAUUGCUUAUGCUCUGAAAGAAUGCAAAAUGUCUUCUCGAUCUCAGUCAAGAAGUCUUCACCAGUCAUUUAGGGCCAGUGUACAUUUAGAUAUGAGAGUAGGAGCACGCUAAAGAGAAUGAGCUCGAUCAAUCUUUGGAACAGUGAAUCUCAGAUGAAGCGAUGAUAUACGGUUUUCGAUUGAACUAUUGUGCUUGAAGAACUAUGUACUGCCUAAAUAAAUGUUGGUCAUUUAAUGGAUUUUCAGUAAUUAUGAAGA